UAAUGUUGAAAGGCAACAAUAUCAACUUUGGCUUACGAUUUUACACUUAACUUUUAUGGUAACUUUUAACUCUAAGCUCUUCCUUUAGAGAGAGAGACAAAAAUGUGGGUGCAGCUGCUACUGUUCCUCCUCCUACUUCAGUUGAAUCUCCGGCACUCCUCCUCCGCCGUCGUACCGUCCGGCGUGUCAGAGUACGAUGCGUUGCUAUCAGUAAAGCAAUCCUUUACAGAAGAUUCUCGGUCCUCUCUCGCCUCAUGGAAUGGCUCCAACCACAUCUGCUCGUGGCGAGGCGUCACGUGCGACACGCGCCUCCACGUUUCUUCUCUCGACCUUUCCGGCUUGAACCUAUCCGGCGUCCUCUCCCCCGACGUCGGCCAUCUUCGCUUCAUGGUCAACUUAUCUCUCGCCGGAAAUCAGAUCUCCGGCUCCAUUCCUCCGGAACUUUCCGCCAUAACGAAUCUCCGUUUGCUAAACCUCUCCAUUAAUAACUUCAGUUCGGUCUUCCCUCUGCAGCUUCUUCGACUUCACAAUCUCCAAGAGCUUGACCUCUACAACAACAACUUGUCCGGCGAUCUCCCGGUUGAAAUCUCUCAGAUGAUUAAUCUCCGCUACCUCCACCUCGGCGGGAACUAUUUCAGCGGCAAGUUUCCUCCAGAAUACGGAAGCUUCCCUCACCUCGAGUAUCUCUCUGUUGCAGGAAACGAGCUGAAUAGCGUAAUUCCUUCAGAGAUCGGAAAUUUGACCCAGCUUAAAGAGCUCUAUAUCGGCUACUUUAACGUCUUCAGAGGUGGAAUACCGCCGGAGAUAGGAAACUUAUCUCAGCUGACUCACUUCGAUGCUUCUAACUGUGGGCUUACAGGAGAGCUUCCACGGGAGAUGGGGAAACUGAAGAACCUGAAUACUCUAUUCAUUCAAGUGAACGACCUUUCUGGGCCAUUAACGCCGGAGCUAGGGCAUCUAACGAAUUUGAAGUCACUUGAUCUAUCAAACAAUAUGUUCUCUGGUGAAAUACCGCCUACAUUUGCGGAGCUAAAAAAUCUCACUCUUCUGAAUCUCUUCCGGAACAACCUUUAUGGUUCCAUACCGGAGUUCAUAGAGGAUUUGCCUAAAUUGGAGGUGUUGCAACUAUGGGAGAAUAACUUCACAGGGAGCAUUCCGCAGCAGUUGGGGAAGAAUGGUAAUCUUAAUAAUCUCGAUCUAAGUUCCAACAAGUUGACCGGAAAUAUACCCACAACCCUGUGCACAGGAAACAAAUUUCGAACCCUUAUUAUUCUGGAUAAUUUCCUGUUCGGUCCGAUCCCAGAAUCUCUUGGCCAGUGUCAGUCACUGACUCGAAUUCGUGUGAACAACAACUAUCUCAAUGGGUCGAUUCCUAAAGGGCUUUUCAGUUUGACUAAACUGUCACAAGUUGAGCUCCACAACAAUAUGCUCACUGGUACUUUCCCGGAGUCAAUUUACACAUCUAGUAUUGUUGGAGAGAUUAACCUCUCAAACAACAAUUUGACCGGUCCAUUGCCUUCAAGCAUUGGAAAGUUCGCACAUUUGCAGAAACUGCUUUUAGAAGGGAAUGCCUUCUCCGGCCACAUUCCAUCUGAAAUAGGAAAAUUAAAACAGCUAUCCAAGAUGGAUCUCAGCCUCAAUAGUUUUUCCGGCUUGAUUGCACCUGAAAUUAGCCAGUGCAAGUUGCUGACUUUUGUCGAUCUUAGCAUGAACCAACUUUCUGGUGAAAUUCCAGCCAAGAUCACAGACAUGAAGAUAUUAAACUAUCUGAAUCUGUCCAGAAAUCACCUGUAUGGGAACAUCCCGGCUUCAUUUUCCAAAAUGCAGAGUUUAACAUCCGUUGAUUUCUCGUAUAACAAUUUAUCUGGACUGGUUCCUAGUACCGGCCAGUUCAGUUAUUUUAACCACACUUCAUUUCGGGGCAACCCGAAUCUCUGUGGCCCUUUCUUGGGCCCUUGCAAAGAUGAGCCUGGUCAUAAAGGUGGUCUCACACCAACUUUGAAACUUUUACUUGUUGUUGGAUUGCUUGUAUGCUCGGUCUUCUUUGCGAUUGCAGCUAUUGUCAAGGCCCGAUCUUUAAAGAAAACAAGCAAUGCUCGUGCAUGGAAACUUACUGCUUUCCAACGCUUAAGUUUUACUGCUGAUGAUGUCAUAGAGUGCUUGAAGGAGGAAAACAUCAUUGGAAAGGGAGGAGCAGGUAUAGUUUUCAAAGGAGUGAUGCCCAAUGGAGAACAGGUGGCCGUGAAAAGGUUGUCAGUUAUGAGCCGUGGAACUUCACAUGAUCAUGGUUUCAAUGCAGAAGUACAGACUCUUGGUAGGAUCAGGCAUAGGCAUAUCGUGAGAUUAUUGGGUUUUUGCUCAAACUAUGAAUCAAACCUUUUGGUUUACGAGUAUAUGCCGAAUGGGAGUCUGGGUGAAGUUCUUCACGGGAGUAAAGGUGGUCAUUUGAGUUGGGACACACGGUGUAAGAUAGCAGUAGAGGCUGCAAAGGGUCUUUGCUAUCUCCAUCAUGAUUGCUCACCCUUGAUACUACAUCGUGAUGUGAAGUCAAACAACAUUCUUUUGGACUCCAACUUUGAAGCCCAUGUUGCUGAUUUUGGACUUGCCAAGUUCUUGCAAGAUUCUGGAACUUCAGAAUGCAUGUCUGCUAUUGCUGGUUCUUAUGGAUACAUAGCUCCAGAAUAUGCAUACACUCUCAAGGUUGAUGAGAAGAGUGACGUGUACAGCUUCGGAGUGGUUCUUCUGGAAUUGAUAACUGGAAAAAAGCCAGUUGGGGAGUUCGGGGAUGGGGUUGACAUAGUCCAAUGGGUUGGGGAAAUUACUGACUGGAAAAAGGAAGAAGUAGUGAAGAUCCUGGAUUCAAGACUAGAGACAGUUGCUCCCAUUCAUGAGGCAAUGCACAUUUUCUAUGUCGCUAUGCUGUGCGUGGAAGAGCGUGCCGUGGAACGACCAAAAAUGAGGGAGGUUGUGCAAAUGCUAACCGAGUUGCCCAAACUCCCUGUAAGCGACAAAAAAGAAGAGGAUUCAUCUUAUCAUGACUCUAUAUAGUUCCCACACAAUUUGGCUAGCUCUUCUGAUCUAUUUCCAGAGCAUCUUUCCAUGCUCCUACCGUGCAUUUCUUUCCCUUGUUUUACACUAGUAUUUUUUAUGCAGCAAGUUGUACAGUUGAAGUGAAUCCAUGUGAAGGGGCUAAUCUGAGUGAAUCCACUCAUUACUUUCGUUUUUGUUAUUGACUAAAAAACCAUCUGCAUUCGUACUAUCAAAACCAUUAACUUUUGAGUUGCAGUCUACAUGAACAAACAUUUUUGUAUAACGUGUAUACCUACACACCAGAACAGUUUUGUUGAUAUGGAUAAGAUUUUAACUGUGAUGAUACAUUGAUACCCU